CAAUAAUCAUUGUAACCAAAUAAAAUAUGGUGUGGCGGGUUUCGCGCCACAUUACUGCUUCCCGCUGCGCGUCACUCGCGGCGGACGUCGGACACUCCCCUCGCCGUCGACGAUCAAUAGUCAUCGGCCACAGUUCCGUUCUACUCGACGUCUCGACCGCUUCGCUCGCUCUCUUCGCACCGACGCCGUUCGCGAAACAUUGUCUUCCGACUCUGAACCAUCAUUAUGUAUAAUUGAUUUUUACCACUAAUGUUGUUUUAAUAAAUGAGUGCUCGCCUGUUCUCGCGCUACAAGCAGUCAGCUGGCGAGCACUUGUUUAAUGUUGUUAUGUUGUAAAUAAACGUUACUUUUACUUAUCAUAAACCUCGUGUAUUGGUGUACCCCGCCAAAAUGGCAUAAUAUAUUUGGUAACCACAUCACUAUGGUACAAUAAAAUACAAAUCUUUUAUGUAACUACAUUUUUUUUUUACAAGCCAGUAAAAUGUUACAGGCUCAGUCAGUUAUAGACUCAUUAGUAAAGUUACAUAUAAAUAAUAAUUAAAAUAAUGUGUAUUUACAAAAUGACAACAUCGUAUAUUAUAUUAUUAUCAAUAAUAAAAUUAGUUCUGAUAACACAAAAUAGUAUUACACAUGGUUUUACAACCGUGGUAUACAGCAAUACGGUAACAGUGACGUUAGGGUUAUGGAUCAGAUGAAAAGUUUUUCCGACGAACAGAACCAUAGAUAAUCUUAUAAUAUAAUAAUUCCAACCGAAACGCACUCUAUAUCGAUUUAAUAAUACUUUAUUUUAUUUAUAUUCUAUAGUGUAGUGUCAUUGUGUGAGGUACUGCUUCGACCUAUAGAAGAUGUCUGAAGACAGUGUAAAUAGUUUUGAACAAGACAAAAGUCCAGCGUUUGAAUUUACUUCAAAUUCUCUUGAAUCGUAUGCAGAAGGUAUUGCAUCUUGUUCGAAAUCCACGGAAUGCCAUUUUUCAGAUAGUGAUGUUGAGGAACAGGUAUAUCUGUAAUAUUAAUUAUCGCUGGUUGUAGCAUAAGAUAAAUUAAAUACAUAGAAUAAAUUUUAAUAUUGUUUUAUUGCUAUUUGUAUUUAGAUUGAUAACAUACAAAUAGGACAAGAAGAAAAUGAAAUGAUUUUGAAUGGUAAAUUUGAAACUUUGAUAAACACCAGUGAUGAGGACGAAGAGGUAUUAAUAAUACAUGUUGAUUAUAAAUGGUGUAGUGUAUGAUAAAUUAAAUAUGAAUCAAUUUUUAUUGUUAUUUGUAUCUAGAUUGUUAAUAUGCAAUAUCCAUUAGACACUAGUGACGAAGAUGAACAGGUAAGAUAAUUGUUGAUUAUUAAUGGUUGUACUAUAAAGUAAAUUUAUUAGGUAAUUAAUUUUUGUUUUGUUUCACGUAUUAAGGUUGAUCACAUGGGAACUGAGCAAAAUGGAAAUGUAAUGGUUUUGGAUAAUCAAUUUGAAUCUACUGCAUCUUGUUCAAAAUCUGAAGAACACGACAUUAGUGAUGGGAACGAACAGGUAUCAUUGAUUAUUUUUGGUUGUAGUGUAAGAUAAAUUGAUUAUGUAAAAUCAACGAUGUUUAAAUUGUUAUUCAUAUUUAGAUUGGCAAUAUCUCAACAGAACAAGAAGGAAAUGAAACUGUUGUUUUGGAUGGUGAUUUUAAACUAAUUUUAAAUGAAUUUUUUUCCAUUAUAUUAUAUUAUAUUAUUUCUAUUUUAGAAUUGGAUGAAAAAUGUGGUAAAAAUAAUUUACCUCCAGGAUGGAAGAAAAUAAACCACCAUAGUGGUAUGCCAAUUUACUUGAAUGAAGAAAUGAAAGCUUGUUCCUUUUCAAAGCCAUAUUACCUUGGAACCCAAAGUCUUAAGGUUUAGUUGAAUAUAUUUAGUAAUCUUGUCUAUAAACAAUUUUAUUAUUUAGCUUUCUUUUUACAGAACCACAAUAUUCCUAUAGAAAAUAUACCUUGUUUGAACUAUAAAUUAAAAUUGAAAAAAAAAAUUUCUCAAAAAGAUAAUGAUGAAUCGGAUGGUAAUAGAUUUUUAAAUAAAUAAUAAUUAUUUAUCUAUUUAUUUAGAAACAACAAUUUUAAAUGACACCAACAAAUUAUUUAUGGUUUUUUUUUCAGAUUCUAAAAAUGAAAUGACUCCAGAAGAGUAUAAGGAAUAUUGUAAAAAAUUAUUUAAAUUCAAAGAAAUUAAAUUUUUGAAAUUCAGGUAUACUGAUUUACUUGUUAAAAUAUUAUGUAAUAAAAUAAUAAAGUGAAAACAAAAUUAUUAAAAUGGUUAAUCCGCGUAAAUAAAUAUAAAAAUAAAAUAAAAUUUAAAAAAUUAACGAAUGCGUCUGGAGUGUUAUGAUAAGUAAAUACACUCAUCACAUACUUAUACUCGUAUAUGACCGGUUUCAAAUUAAGUAAAUAAUCAAUUAAAUUUACAUUAAUUCAGAUUUAGAAAAAUUAUACAUACACAAUGAAAUAAAGAAAAAUAAUUUUAAUAAUAUUUUAAAUAUACAAACAGAUUUAAAAUUAUAAUAUCUUAUAUUAAUACAUUUUAGUUAAUAAAUAAUAACCAAACAAUUUAUAUUUCUUAACAUAUCUACGUCUAAUAAUAACCAAUAUUAAUUAACCUCCAAUUAAAAUAAAUUGUUUCUAUAUUUUAUAUUAAAUGAUCAAUUUGUAUAAUUUUUUUUUUUUUUUUGUAUUCCUCAUUAAAUUUUUUAUAUUCAGUCGCUUUUUACAUUUUGACUGAUAUACUUGAUGAAUUUUUAAUUCGAAACUGGUCGUAUUAUACACUUAUCAUACUACUCCAGGUGCCACUUUAUAUAAUUUUUAUUUAUAUAUUUAUUUACUUUAAUAAAAAUAUGAAGGUUAAUUCUAGAAAAUUGUUUUUCUUGUUUAAGUUCAUGGGAUAAGCGUCGAGAAUAUAUUCGAAUGAUAAAAGCUGAUCGAAGAAGUAAGGAGAUUCCAAAGUUUAAAGACAGAUCAUCAGUAAUAACACUUCCAGCUGAUCCACCGAGUAACUAUUAAAAUUAAUUUUAAUAUUCAUAAUAUUAUUAAAUAGUUUUCUAAACUCUUAACCUUUCCAGAUCUGGAGUUAAUUUUUUUGAGUUAGAUUUUUUUCGUUUAUCAAUAUUGAAUAAUGGGUUGCAUAAGACAAAAUAAUUUUUUUUGUUUACUAAGUUUUUUACCAAGUUAUAAGUUUUUCCCCAGUAGAGGAGAGGACAUCAGGCAUUUACUGAGUUAAAAUAAUAUUAUUAGUAUUAAUUGGGAAGAAUCGACUUGUACAUGUUGAUUACUCUGUUAUUAUGGAGGAAAAAAAAUCAGAUUUUUAAAACCAUAUUUUCAACUCAAUAUUAUACAUUUAUUGUCAAAAAUAAUAAAAAAUGUCAUCAAUAUUUUUCAAUAGUGGUUAUGGUAAAACUAAAAUGUGAUAAGAGUUACAUAAAUUUUAUAACUUUUGUUGUUUAUAAUGUUGUGUCUAUAUACUCAACCAUGGUUGGUAUCAUAAUAUAGGCCACUGUUGUAGUUGAGAAGUUGGGAAGGUAGGAUGUAGAUGGGAAUUUAAUGUUUUUAUGCAGAGUUUAGUUAUACAUGUUUUAAAAGGCCUGUUUAGUGAUAGGUCUAACGAUUUUAUCCAUAGAGUACCUAUCUAAUAAAUAUUAAGUAUACAACUGGCAAAAUUAUAAUUGUCUAAAACUAUUUUAAAAUAGAGAUGACGGAGGUAAAAGGGAAAAAAUAAAUACAUUUUAGUUACACCUAGAAACCUAAGCCAUUCCUCGUAAGGACUAUUUUAAUGGAAAAAUAUAUUAAUGGCAAACUUUUGUAUCAGAAAUCUUGCUCUGAUGUAUCAAGUGUAGCAACUUUUUUGAAAAGAAAUUUUAUUUAGAUCGGUGGUGGGCAAAGUACGGCCCGCAGUCCAACUCUAGCCCGCAAAAGUAUUUAAUCCGGCCCACCGAGGGUAUAUUGACAUGAUAGUAUAUGACUCGUCAUAAUUACUCUCACGGUAACCCUCACAGCGUGGUGUAAGUAGAUAGUAGGUACUAUGAUAAUAGGUAUAUAAUUUCUAUUUUAGUUUUCGUAUAAUAAUUGUGUAAUGCUAUCAGUCUUUGCACUGUCAUUAUACCUAAUCGUUAUUCUGUUUACAUAUAGUAUGUAUAGUGAACUCCUAUGAACUCCUAUAGUGAGCGACUAUGAAAAGCAAAAGGAUAAGCUGGGCAGGGCAUAUAUGGCGAGGCGAAAGUAGACAAUUGGCCAAAUCAUCUACUAGAAGCCGAAGAGCAAAAGACCACUCGGCCGCCCAAGACAAAGAUGGGUAGAUAGGGUCCAUAAAGACUUUUGAAUGAACUAAUGAAUUUUGAAAGGCGAAGAGCUAGCCACGGAUAGAGACAGAUGGAGGGAAGUAGUGGUUGCCGCGAAGGACCUGAAGGGUCUAUUUUAAGCCAAAAAAAAAAAUAUAUAGUGAACUCAGUCACUAUGCUGUCACAGAUCAAGCUGCACGUUUUAUGUUAAUUUUGUUUUAAUUUUGUCUCUUGUUCUUGCUUGUUUGCGUAACAUUUUAUAUUCAUAAUCGUUUAAAAGAAAAUCUGUGCUUUUGGGAUAAUGGCGUAUAAAAAACGAAAAGUCGAUUCCCAGUGUCGUCUGUUUAAAGAAGAGUGGGCUUGGAAAUACUUUUUUACGGAAUACAACUGUAAGCCAGUAUGUCUUAUUUGUAAUGUAGUAGUGGCGGUAUUUAAGGAUUUUAACCUUGCUCGUCAUUUUAACACCAAACAUUCAAAAACCAAAUAUGCUUUGAUGAAUGACGCAGAAAACCUAAAAAAAACAAUAUCUACUCAAUGGAAUGUGUUAAUAAAGCAAAACUGCUCAGAAGGCUUCUACACUGGCUGGAUAUGUUGUGGCUUAUAAAAUAGCUAAAAAUAACAAACCUUACUCGGAAGGAGAAUUUGUAAAAGAUUGUAUGGUGAGUAUGAGUAAAAUUUGAUGUCCAUAAAAAAUUAAAGAGGUUGAGUCUGUCAGUUUAUUGUGAAAAACAGUAACAACGCAAAUUAAUGUCAUUGCAUCAAAAUUGUUGACUCAAUUUAGGUAGAGUAUAGAAAACUUUAAAUAUUUUUCUGUGACGAUGGAUGAAAGUAUGGAUAGAAGUGACACUGCUCAAUUAUUAAUCUUCAUUAGAGGUGUUGACGACCAAUUUAAUAUUACAUAAGAUCUAGCUUGUUUGCAAUUGUUAAAAGGAAAAACGAGAGGCAAAUAAUUUAUAACAAAUUUUCCGAAGGUCUUCAAAAUUUAAAUGUGCCUAUUUCAAAAUUAUGCAAUAUAACUACAGAUGGAGCCCCAAAUAUGGUUGGAAAAAACGAGGGAUUUUCACGUAUUUUUCGGAACCAGCAUCCUAAUCACGAUGUUCUAUUUUUACAUUGUAUAAUUCACCAAGACGUCCUUUGUAAAGCUGCAAUAGAUAUUACCCAUGUACUUAAUGUGGUUUCAAAACUAAUUAAUAGGAUUCGAUUUCGGGGCUUGGUACACCGACAAUUCCAAAAAUUUCUGAUUGAAGUCGACGCAGAUUAUUCUGACCUUUACCACACGAAAGUAAGAUGGUUAAGUUGUGAAUAUGCAUUUGAACGGGUUUGGAAUUUAAAAGAGGAAAUACAAGAUUAGUUAAAGAAUAAAACAGACAAAUGGUCUGAUUUGAACACCUUUUGCUGAAAGUAACUUCGUCACACCUGGAACCUAUUUUCGAAAAUAUUAUGGAAAAUCAAAAACAAUUCCAUAUGUCUCACACGCCUACCAUGGUUGUGCCUCCAAAUAAAAGUUAAAUUUAUUAUUAUUUAAGGUAAAAGGUAAUUUGUAACAUUUGUGUGUAAUGCUGUAAUGUUUUUAUAAUAUUAUGAUUCUAAGCUUUAAUACAAAAUUCAUUUUUUCUUUAAUUCUGGCCCUCCUAAAAUUUCUUAAACUUUGUGGCCCUCCAUUAAAAAAGUUUGCCCACUACUGAUUUAGAUAGUACUUAGAAAACUAUUUUUGAUUUUCCAAAUGGUUUUUAUUAUAUCUGGGUAAAAUCAGGAUAACAUGUUGGAAAAAUGGAAAAAUUAUUGAAAAUAGUGCAUUUGUAAUUUAGGUGAAAAUAUUUUUAGUGGUAAAGCUAAAAACAGUCGAGCCAUUUUUAAGGUUUUUGAGACAUUUUAAUUUUGUAACUAAUUUUUAUUUGAUAGGUACUCUGUAGAUAAAAUUGAACAGGAGGUUCCUUAGAAGCUUUAUCUUUUGGUCAAAACAACAAAUUGAGUUUAAUGUAGUAUAAAAAAAAGAAUUUUAAUAUCAAGUUUGACAAAAAUCCUUUUAGUAAAAUGAAACAAAUAUAGUUACUGGUUCAUAGGGAUCGUUUCAAUUUAUAUUUAUUUUACUACAUUAUGACAUAUAUAUUGUUGAAAAAGCAAUAUUAUUAACCAAGCUUUGCUCAGAAUCGUUUUUCCUUAGUAAUGAUUAAUCUUUGCCUAAACAUAUACAUUAAAUUCCCCUAUAUAUCAUACCUUCCCAACUUAUCAUCUACAACAGUUUCACCCAUUGUGCAAAGUAUGUUCCUCUUUAUUUUUUUCACUUGUUCACAGUUAUUGUUUACUAUAAAUUAUAAAAACUCAAAUUCCAUUUAUUCUUAUUCUAAUCUGAAUACUAUAAAAUAAAAAAAAAAGGUUAAAUUUAUUAAUUCUUACUUUAUAUUGUAUUUUAAUUUUUGACCUUUAAUUUAAAUAGAUUUUAUUAAUUGGAUUUAACUUUACUUUUUUUUUUUAUUUCUACUUUAGUCUUAGAAAAUACAACUGAACCUGAUACAGGAGAAUGGAUAAUUAAUUUAAAUAAUAAAAGUUACAUCAGUAUUUUACAUGAAUAUGUUCAACGUGUUUUGAAAACACAGCCAUCAUAUACUUUUAAAGAACUUGGUUAGUAUAAAAUACAGUGAUCAAUAUUUGAAAUACUUAAAUUAUUAUUAUUUCAGAGAAUUCCAGAUAUCCUUACUUGGCAACUGUAAUUUUGGAUGGUAUACAAUAUGGUAUUGGCAUUGGUUCCAGUAAAAAACAAGCCAAACUUGAUUCUGCUAGAGCUUCAUUGGAAAUAUUACUGCCAUCUGCCAAAGAUCAAAUAAAAAUUAAUCGUAAACAGGGAAUGUCCGAAACUCAAAUUGGUAAUGUUUUCAAUGGAGACAUAGUAAGUAGUUUUGGUUAUACUAUAAUAAUAUAAUAUUAUAAUUAUUCAAUUUAUCUACAAAUUGUUAAUAUUAUAGGUCUUUGACAAAUUGAAAAUUAAAGAUCCCAGAAUACCAUCAUUUUGUUGUCAAGCUGCUGAAUCGAUGCCAUAUGAUAUGUUACAGAUUUGCGUAAAAAGGUAUUGUGUUAUAAAUACACAUAUACUCUGUUCCAUAAGAGAAUACUCACUUUUUACACAUUACGACUGACAGAUUUAGAGAUUUAGGGUUUCAUAUAAUAUUAAUGCCAAAGUUGCAAAUUAAGCGUGAUGAAAAGUUGGGGUUACAAAUUCAUGGGUUAAUUGAUCUGAGUAUUCUCUCAAAGAAUAGAUUAUAGUAUGUGUUUUACAGUUCUGUUAGUUUGGAAAUUAUAUUGUCUCCCUUUUAGAUUCAGAGUGUAGGGAUUAGGAAUUAGUUUUACUAUAAUAUAUUUUAGAUUCUAUGGGGAGCAAAGAAGCUUGUGGUUUUACAAAGAUGUUUAUAUUUUUUUUCUGUGGACAGCUUUUCUACCAGCAAUUUUGCUUCAACUUAUAUUAAUAGUAAUGUUACUAAAAGGAAAUUUAAUUAAAGAGGUAUUUUAGAAGGUUAUUUAAAAAAAAAAAAAAACACUGAUAACAGUCAGAAAACUGGAGAGAUCAGUAGAACAUAAAAAAAAUAUUAUUAAAGAAAUAUAUAGCUCCUAUUUAAUUAUUUAAAUUUAAUACAGUAUAUAUAUUGUUGGUAAAACAUCACUAUCAACUGAACUUUACUCAGAAUCAGUUUUCCUUAAUAGUGGUUUAUUAUUGCUUACAGGUAUACAAAAUUAUUUAUAGCAUUGGCUGCACUUGUCCUCAUUAUCCUGUCAGACAUCUUUUUUUAUAAAUAUUUUUAUUUUGAUUUUAUUCCUAUAUUUAUUUAUUUAUUCAACUGUGGUAUAUAUUAUUUACUUAUUUGUUUUUUUAUUUUUUACUUACUUUAUUUUUAUUCUUGAAUACUACCGCUUUGGUCAACAAAAACUAAAAAAAAUGUAUGUCUGAUGUCAUUUCAACAUAUAUUAGCUUAGAAAACUGCAAAUAUAUUGUACAAAUGUAGUAAAACAGUACAAUUUUAAAGUUAAAUUCAUUUUUUUUCACAUUAAAUAAAUAAUAAUUAAAAUAAUUAUAAUAAAAAAAAAAUAAUAAUAACAAAAAAAAAAUAAUAAUAACAAUUAAUAAAAGUUAGAUGACUAAGUGCAAAACUUUUUUUUUAAGCAUCGUUUUACAAGCAGUUGGAUCAACAAUAUUCUCUAUAUUAAUGUUGUCAUUUCGAUGAAUGUAUAAAAGUGAUAAGCCAGUUAGCCUUUCCUCAAAACUUUUUUUUUACCACAAAAUACGACUUAAUGAACUCUUGUUGAAUUCUCAAGUAUUUAUAUUUGGUCUAACAAUUUUAUCCACAGUGAAUGCACUCAUCUCCAUUAUUAUAGGACAUCAUUUUCUUUAUACAUCAGAUGAAUGGUGUAUACACUAUUAAUUUGAUCAUCGUGAAACUUUGGAAGUUAUCUUACAUUGUCCAGAAAAGGUUUAUAACUAUCCACAUCCACCCCUUAUUAAAUAUAUUUCUAAAAUUCAAUUUUUUAUAUUAUUUUUUUGUCUGUAAACAACUUUUACAAAAGAUAUCUUGCUUCAAUGUGUACAUACAGUGUUAUCUUUAUGAUAAUAAUUCUGUUAAUAUUCAUAUAUUUUUUCUUUCAGUUACAAGUUUUGUUAAGGAGUCCCAUAUUUAGAGAAAAAUUAAAUGUUUAUUUUCAUCUCUUAAUUUAUGAAUAAAAUUAACCUUAUUUAACAAUCAGCAUGGUAAUUCUUUAUCUUCUAUUGAAUAUUAAUUGUUUUCACACUUAUUUUCUAUACUUUAAAGCCACAAUAACUAAGAAAUUAUUGCUCGGAAAUGAAUACAUUAAAUUUUUUAGAAUAAUAUAUUUUUCAAAAAAUGGAAACUAAUGUUUUUCUACAUGUGUACUUCACAAAAUCUGAUUGGAAAAAAAAUUAAUAUUGAGUUCUUAGUAUAAUGAUAAUUGUAUAGGACACCUGUAGUACCUUUUCUGAAAAGAAAUUUUAUCUAGUUUGGACAUUUUUCUUCUUCUUGGGUUUAUUAAGCCUUUAAGACCAUCCCGUCUCACAAAAAAUCCUUUUCUGUCCAAUGCUAGAUCUCUCCAAUUGGAAACACUUCUCACAUACUUUUUUUUUAUGACAAAACAUAGGCUUUUUUAAAGUCCAUGAAAGCUGCAUGCAUUUCUUUAACAACUCCCAUGUUUUUUGAUAAAACUGUCUAAUUAUAAUAUUAUACCUAACACAAUUCAAAAAUAUAUUAAUUGGUGCAUUAAAUAGGUUAUUUUUUGUUUUUCCGAAGGAUUUUCAAAGUUAUUGGGAAAAGUUGGAAGCAAAAUUGUAGGAAAAACACCAAAUAUUUAUAGUGGCCCUACUGAUUUCAUAGUUUUUAAUUUGUUUAACUUACCAGAAAUAUUGCUUUAAUCAAAAAAUGUUUAAGAGAUCUUUUUUAUUGAAUUUUAGAUCUAGAUUCCUAUGGAGUAAGUCAGUUUUUGAUUCUCCAAGUAAUUUUUGUAAUAAUUGGGAAAAUUGAAGAAAGACAAAAUAUAAAAACUGAAAAAUUUAUGGCUUUAUGAUUCCUUUAUCUACAAUUUUUACAGUUUAUUUUAUCUACCAGAAAUAUUGCUUGUUAUAAAAAAAACAAGAGGCUUAUUUUAUUGCAUUUUUAAUGUAUUUGGUGAGUAAGAAAGUUGUUUUGGAUAUUCCCUGUAGUUUUUUUUUAAUUAUUGAGUAAAAUCGAAAAUUUAGAGAGAAUAGACAAAUUUACGAAAAUAUUGCUUUAAUUAUUUUAAAUUUUAUAUUUUUAAUGUAGUUCAGUUUAAAAUAUUCGUAUAGACUAAAAAUGUUAACAGAAAACUUGUAUUUACUUUUUCUAAAUUUGGUAAAACUUUCAGAAUAUUUUAGCUAUUUUUGAACUAUUUAUAGAUAUUUUAAUUUUGUGAGUUUUUUUAUGUAAUUUUGAUUUGGUAGGUAUUCUGUAGAUAAAUUUUUAGAAUUAAAAGAAAUGCUUGAAAAUUUGAUAGGAAGUUCAUUAUAAUUUAUAAGUCAUGCUUAGUGGUCAAAUAAAACCUUUAAUAUAAUUUAGUAUUUUUUUUUUUAUAAUUAAUGUAUAAAUAAACAAAUAGAUAAAUAAGUAAAUGCAGUGUCUGGAGUAUUAUGAUAAGUGUAAUGUCGACUGGUUUUGAAUUAAAAAUUCAUCAUCAGGUAUAUUUAGGGGUGGAUUGGGGUAAAAAUCGGCCAGGGCCAGUUUAGGUAAAAGCCCGAAUUACACAAAUAUCAUUAUAGCUUGGACACACAGUAUCCAAUCAUAAUUUUGGAUUCUGAGUGGAGCGAAGAAGCUUAUGGUUUUACAAAGAUGUUUUUUUUUCUGUGUACUUUUUCUAAAAAGAAAUCUGACUGAGGAAGUACUUUAGAGAAGUCAUUUUUUGAUUUUUCCACGAAAUUUUUCAACAAAUGUGAAAAACAGGAAAAACUGGAAAAUGUACGAAAUGUAGGUAGGUAUUAGUUAAAAAUAUUACGGCCUUCUUAUUUUGUGUGAAUAACUUUUCUAUCAGCAAUUUUGCUCCAAUUUACAAUGAUAGCACUUUUUCUAAAAUUCUAAAAAGAAAUCUUGUUGGAAAUGUACUUUAAGUUGGUAAUUUUUCAAUUUUCUCUAAAAUUUUCUCAGGAAAUAUGAAAAAACGGGAAAACCAGUACAAUAUUAAACAAAUAUUAUUAAAGAAAAUAUAUAAUGCCUCUUUAAUUAUUUCAUUUUAACAUGACAUAUAUAUUGUUGACAAAGCAUUACUAUCAACUGAAUUAUGCUCAUGGUUGUUUUUAGUAUGCAAUGGUUUAAUAUUGUGUGUUAAUUGACUUAAUAGUGGUACACAAUUACAGUAACAACUUUUAACUUUAUUACUUAAUUAAUAUCAUUAUCAAGACAGCUGUGGUGCUUGAUAAAGUGAUAAAUUUAUAUUUUAAUAUUUGUUAUUUGCUACUCCUCUGUAUAAUGUUUUUGCAGUUAUUUUUUUUUUUGUAAAUUAUUGAUUAUUAAAGAAUGGAAAACAUGUUGAAAAGAAUGCGAGAAUGCAUUUUCAAGUUCUAAUUAAUAAAUUAUAUUUGUUAUUGUUACUGAGCACUUCGGUGUUAAUGACAGAGUAAGCAUAAAAUUUAAAAAUGCUGAGUGGAUAAAAAUUACUGAGAAGUUCGAAGCAGUAUAAUCUGUAUGGAUAAGACUGCCACAGCUUGAAAACGCUGUCGAAAAAUUUAAAAAGUAAUGUUAGUUAAGUUGGAAAUCGUCUUCGUCAUCAUCAUUUAAAAAACACAUUUGGAGAAAAUUUUUAUGAGCUCCUUGCAUUCUAUAAUAUUAAUUAAAGCAAAACUCUUGAAUGAACAAUAAAAUCGACAACAAAUUAAAAAAGACUGACAUACUUCACACUCUUGUGCAGUCACUGUUAUAGGUAGGAAAUAAGGAUGGUAGGAUACAGAAAAGAAUUUAAUAUAUACUUGUUAGCAAAGAUACUACAUUAAAAGCAAAUUUUUUUUUUAAACCACAAUAUAAGACUUAAUGAACCCCCUGAUAAAUUUUCACACAUUUCUGUUAAGUCUAACAAUUUUACCAUUUAUUUUAAUUGACUUGAUAAAACAGAAUCAUAAUUGAUAAUAAAACUAAUUAAAUUUAAGAAUAUUCCACAGCAAAGCUUUUUCUUCAUAUUUUACAUACAUUUUUAGGGGAGUUAACACCUUGACCUCUUUGGUUUGUUUGUUACAGUAGUUAUAAUUUUCUAUUUUCAAAAUAGUUUAUUCAGGGAGAAGGAUGGUGCUAAAUAAUGGGAUAUAAGGGUGUAAAUAAUGACCCACCGACUGUUUUUAAACCCUUUCAAUUAUUACUACAUUUGGUGAGGGUGAACUAUUUCUAAAGUUUAGUGACGAUCAGACAAACUUCAGGUUAGUUCCUUUAGAAGGAACUUUAUUAUAUAAAAUUAUGGAGGGGACUUGUGUAGAGCCAAAGUUUUUGGCGUUAAAACCACUAUCCAAUCACCAAAUCCCCAGAGAUAUUUUAGAUCCAAAAAUCAGAAGGGACAUUUUUAUAAAAUGCCUUAAUAGAUCUAUAUAUCAUAGUGAUGAUCUCACUUGUUGACUAAUAAUUUAUGUAAACAUGAUAUAGAAAUUUUGGGGAAGAUGAAUAUGUCAAGACUGAUAUGCAAAAAAUGCAGAGCAGUAGUGAUUCUGAAAUUUUUUAUAGUCUUACUAUGAAAGUUAAGAAUCAUAUGGCCACUGUUAUUUGCAAAAAUAAACGUGAUGGACGACAAAAAGGAGCUCAGGCAUUGUUGAAGGUAUUGAAAUAUAUUAUUUUACAUUUUUAUAUUUUAAUUAAUUAAUAUUUUUCUUCAAAUAAUAGGUACUUCAUCCUCAUAUUAAAUAUUUUGGGUCUUUAUUAAGAUUGUAUAGUCAUCAAAAUGUGGGAAGUAGCAGCGAGAAAAAACCAGAUGAACCAGGAACUCAAAGCCCACAACAUAGAGGGGUGGCAAAUGAAGACAUACUUAUUAAAUUGAGAACUGAAAUGUCUAAACUAGAAGAUUAACCCAUUUAUUUUUGUAGAAAUUUAUAAGAAUAUAGCUUUUAUGACUCUCUUACAACAGUAGUUGAUGCUAAUAAAGAAAUUGAGAGUAAAAAGAAAAUUCUUAAAUUUUGUGAAAUAUGCCCUAAAUAUCAAAUGUCCUCCUCAUAACUACACACUUAUUCUUUAUAACCUUAAUUUCUACUUUGUAGUUUUAUUGAUUCCCCUUCUCUCCUCAAAUUUUUUUUUUACUUUUAUUAGCCAUGGUUACCUAUUACUCAUAACUAGGCUUCGGAAUUUAAUGCACUUAAAAUCCACAAAAAGUUCUGAGCCCUACUUAUAACUUUGGCACAACCCUUUUCAAAUUUUACAUGUACAUUUUUUAUUUUAUUUGUAUUGUAAAUACUGUGAUUGUUUUGGUUUAUAUACUAUUUCACUGUAAAAGCAUUUAUAUGUUUUUACAUAUUGUAAGUGAAUUUAUACAGUCUUCUGAGAAUGAGAAAUUUUAAUGAAAAUUCUUUCAGUUCUGAGUUAAUAGGAAAAAAGGUUUUUUUGCACAUUUGAGA